UUCUUCUCUGACUCGGUCAAGGUUCUCUUUUCGCUUGCCGCGUCCCUGCCUUCGUCGAGGCUGCAUCUGCCUUCGCCGCCUUCGCGCUGCAUGCGCCAAGCCCAGCGCUCAUACGCGGGAGACAACUCUAUCGAGAAGUUGAGCCUUGUCGACUUCCAGAUUCGCAGGAGAAGACGGAAAAUGAGAAGCGAAGAAAAGAAGAAGCCGCGAGAGAGCCGAUGCGGGAAACGGAGGCGCGAUACUGGCAAUGGGGCCAAGCGUAAAUGAGUGCGAACCUGUGUUUUGACUCCGGCCGCCUCUCGCGGGUGUCUUCAAGUGAGCAGUCACCCGGUAAACUUGCUUUCGCCGAAAGCAGAAGCACCACGCGUCAUGAUUUCUCUCUUGUGUUUGCGCGCCGACAUCAGCUUCUUCUUCCUCGAAGAGGCCGACGCCACCGGUCCCAGCUGACAACGCUUUUCUCUAAAGUGGGUGGUGCCUUGUCGGAGAACGACGCAGUUGCGGCUCCUCACUCAGCUGUACGUACACCUGAACGCCCAGUGUCGCGGCAUCCUCUGUCUCGGUCGCGCCUGGGGUGUCUGUACACCCGGAGAGUUCGAGUGGCUUUUUUAUGCGGGGACGCACGAAAGGGUUUUCAGAAAGCGGGAAAGCGCAGCUGCGCGUCCUGCGAGACUUGCUAACACGGGCAUUUUUCCUGUGAAGCUUGCAUGCGUUUCUUCUCUUCUUUCCACGAAUCCGGUCUUUCCAGUCGAUGUGAAAAGCAGCAGCGGCCUCAAGGUGACGCGUGGCUCUUGUUUCGUUUGAUCGGCAGGUCCCCCCUCGUGGAGAAACCAAAGUUUCCUUGACCUUCUCCGUCUCCUUUUCUUCCACUUUCUCCGUUUUCCGCGGCCCCCACCAUGAAAACUCUUAUGUCCAAACUUCCAUCGGGGUGCGGGAGGAGUUCACCGACUCACAGCCACUCGGCCCUCUGGAUUCGCGCUUCCUCUCCUCAUCUUCGCCGCCCCUCCAACAGUGGCCCAGGUCGCCUUCCUCUUUCUUCAACUUCUCCUCUCUCUGUUGCCGCACCUGCUAUCUCUGCUGCUUCCCUCGAGCCUCAAGCUCCAUGCAGUCGUCGAUUUUUCUGCGGUUUCGCUUCGGCCGAGAAUUCACCUUUCUCAGCAGCGGCUCAUGUGCUCCACCGGCUCUCUCAGCCCCAGACGCGCCGACUCAGCGCGCCCCCAGGGAGAGGCAAAGACCUCUGUGGCUCUCCAGAUCUCUUUUUCUUCACAAGACGCGUCUACAGCAGUGCGCGCCGAGCCGCUUCCCCACAGGCUCCGUCUCGCCUCCCUCGUCGCAGAGCCUCAGAGUCUCCUUCGCUCGCAGCGACGUCAAGGAGACACGAGAAGCCGCCCAAGGGAAGGCUCGCAAAUGCGCCUUUGUCUCUCUCUCCAUCCCGUCAUGCACCCAAAGUCUCAAGUGCCGGCGCUUCCUCUACAAAGAGACAACCUGUCUCUACGGUCGUCCCUGUCUCUGCUGUCUCCAGUCCCCAGCCUGGGUGGCCUCAGACCCCACAGCCUGGGUGGCCUCAGACCCCACAGCCUGGGUGGCCUCAGACCCCACAGCCUGGGUGGCCUCAGACCCCACAGCCUGGGUGGCGUCCCUGCACCCGGUUGUCUCCUUCGGGGUCAGAAGCCCCCCAGGGGCAUGCGGGGUUCGUGCGCCGGCCCUCACCGCCUCUUAGGCCCACUGGAAGCGCAGGCCGUCCACCGUGGGCAGAUUCCCCACAGCGGCCUGCUCACCGGUCUCGGGUGUCCUUUCAGUUUCCUUCCUUCUCUCCGAGUUCUCCUCCUUCUCCCUUCCCUCCGGCUACACCAUCUCCUCGUCCAGUUCCUUCCUUUGCUCUCUCUGCACCUCCUCGUGUCUUUCCUCCUGCAUUUCCUCCGUUUCCCCCCCCUCCGUCGGCCUUGAGCGCAGGGCCUCCGUGUUUCGCGCAUCCCUCUGCGUCUUCUCCUCCUCCCUCUCCUCCCCACUCUCCGCCUGCUUCUCUCUCUCCUGUCUCCCCUCCAUCUCAGCCUUUCGCACCGCGUGGCUUCCGUCCACUCCCGGCUCCACCAGGAGACCUCUGGCAGGCGUCGCGCGAGUCGCUUGCUGCCCGGUUCGGCCCCGCGCCAGGUGUAUGUACACCUCAGAGCUUCGCAGCGUCUGAAGGCCGCAGUUGCCUGCCUCUACCGCCGCUCCACCGUGGAUCUCCCGAGUCUCGUGUAGGGAGGGGAGCGACGCCCACGAGGCCAGGGCCAGUGCAUGCGCCACCAUUAGGAAGUCCUACGGGAGGAGCGAGAGCUGAGGGGUCAAGCGCGAGAGCAGAGACAGGAAGGAGGCAGGCGAGCAAGCGAGAGGAGAAAGGGAGAGAAGAAGAGACAAAGACAGAAGCGGUUGUGUUCGAGCAACACUGGAGUGAAGAAGCUGCAAAUGAGGGACUGAGACGAGGCCUCGUCGUAAGAGGCCUUCUUCAAGUUCCCGCCUUCCAAACCGAUCGCUCGGUUGUCCUCGUCCAGCCUGCCUCUUGCCCGCCCGACAUCCUCGCCUCCGUUCCCCACAAGCGCGUCCGUUCAACAGCCGCCGCAGCUGUUCUCUCGGCGUCCUCGUCUCCUUCUUUCUCGUCUCCUUCCUUUUCUUCUUCCUCGAUGUCUUCUUCGCUUUCUUCGCCGGCAGCUGCUUCCGUGUCUGGGUCUGAAGAUUGGCUUCUGCAAUUUGAUCUCGGCGGCUUCGUUGCUCGAAAUCGCGCCCUUCACGGAGACGUCGUUGCUGUUACGUUCCUCCCUCGCUUCUACACGGAGCGCGCUCUUAGGAAACGAAAGAUGCUCUUUCCUUCAGAGCCCCAUUCUCCAUCUUCGCUUCCCUGCCAUGUCUCUCUCUCUCCUGAAAACGCGUCUUCCGCUCCUUCCCUUGUCUCUGCGUCGAGUUCUUCUUCUUCUGCGUCCUCUGAUUCAGGUUCUGUCCCUGCUUCUGCGCCGUCCUCUACCUCGUCCUGUUCUUCAGUUGUGAGGGCGGCGAGUCCUUCCACUUUGCCUGAGGGGGCGUCCCUGGAGACAGCGAAAAGGAACGCGUUUUGUAAGGCGCGUUUGUCCGCGUCUCCUGGGGAGGCGACCGUCGACUCAAAGGAGAUACUUCAGAGCGACUCUGAAGGGCAAAGGGGAUCUGCGACUCAAGCGUCUCUCGACAGAGAGGACGCAUGCGGACCCUGUGGGGGGCGGGCGCGAAACCGAGAGGCUGAUUCACCUCUCGCGUCGACAGCCAAGUGGCUGCCUGCAGGACGCGUCGUGCGAAUUCUUGAGGUCGGAGAAGCUACGAAGGAAGUCGUUUGCGUCCUCGCGCCUCAGCAGGCAAAGGUCGACGCAUUUCUCCGGCGAAUUCGAGAGAAAGGCCAAGUCGAGGUACACGCACCCCAAGAGACGGCACCGAGCACGCGGAAGGCCGCACAAAACGAAGACGAGAGCCUGGGGCGCGAAGGGAGACUCGAGAAUGAAGGAAUGAGGAUAGACGCAGGCACACAAGAGAGAACAGAGUGGAACGCCAAACAAGAAAAAACAGAGAGAGCUGAGACUGAAGAGAGACGAGAGGAGGUGCCGGAGGAGCAGCCGGAAACGAGCCGGCGUGAGGCAGAGAAGACCACAGGAGAGGUGCGAGGCGCUUGUCCCACAAACGAAGGGAGCGAACGAAGAGGAGACAGAGAGACAGAAGAAAGUCCACAAGGCAACGAAGAAGCAGACGGUGUGAGAGGAAACGGCGAGAAGAAGAAAGUAGAACGAAGCUUGGAGAGACACCACGGCGAGAAGGACGACACUGGCCUGAAGAAAGCGAGAACAACCGAGAGCUUCAAGGUGACCCAAACUGAGGAAGACACCUUCCUCAAGGCCCAACCCAGAGACUCUCGACUUCCACCCUUCCUGGUGCCCAUCGCGCUCCUCUUCGAUCCACCACCAUCACCGUACUCGGACCAAGUGACUUCUCAACGUUCUUCACCCUCUUCGUCUCCUUCGCCUCUUCGUGCGGCCUGCUCGGCUCCUCGAUAUUCGUCGUUGCCGGAGUCUUCGUCCUCGAGUGUCUCGACAGCCGCUCAAGAAGGCGACGCAGCGGCCCAGGCUGCGGGGAGGCCUGUGCAGCUCGGAGACGAAGGGGACUCGGCAUCUGGGUGUUUGUCUCUCCGGCCUACGCCUCUUCUCAGAGCCAUUCAAAGUGUCUGGGCACAGCAGGCGAUCUCCACGGACUCUUCCGCAUCUUCUUCUGCCCUUGUGGUUCUCCGUCGGGGUCCCUGGGUUGCAUCCCGCAGUUCACCGUUUGCGCAUGUCGACCCCACUGUAUCUUCUUCUUUAUCAUCUUCUUCAUCGUCUUCUUCUUCGUCAUCUUCCUCUUCUUCGUCUCUCUCUUGUGUCCAGACUCUCGGAGCUGCGUCGCGUUGUUUGGGGGCAAAGGGAUCGGGGGACAUUCUCGCGGAGGCUCUGGCGACUCUCCACAUGGAAGGUCUGCCGCAUGCAUGGGGAUUCCCCUCCGCUGUCGAAGAGCAGUUGAGAGCGGACCUGAGCCGCGUCUGCGCGGAGACGGGCAAGCCUCUCUGGCUGCUCAGCGCCGAGCGCGAUCCGCUCCGGAUAGACUGUCGCCCCUCACGAGACGACGCAGAUGCAUGCAGCAGACAAUCGAACUUCUCUGACCUGCGAGGCUCUCUCGGCGUUCCUUCGUUGCAGGCGUCAUGUCGUGAAGGGCAGGGGGCGUCCUCAGUCGAGACACCCGAGACCGCGCGGGAUUCGCGAGCUCCCUGCGUUUCUGCGGUUUCAUGCGCACCUCACAUUGUCUUUCCUGCUGCAAGCCGAACUUCGGUGCAUGCUGAGACCGCUGAGGGCGCCUCGAUGGCUUACAGAACCCGCGAGCUUCGGACGGUGACUAUCGAUCCACCGACGGCGAAGGAUCUGGAUGACGCGAUCAGUCUCGUGUGUCAGGAGGACAGAACUGUCGGAGGCGAGCGCGUUGAAAAGGCGCGGCUCUCACGCGCCGCCGCGGGUGCCUCGGCGAGGUCCCAGCGGUGCUCUGCGGCGCCUGUACGCCCCGGGCAGAGCGCCACUGAAGGCCGUGGAGGUGACGAAACAUCUCGUGUCCAAGAAGGCAUGAAACGCGGACCCGGGAGCGAAGAAAAGGAAGACGACAGCUGCGCCAGAGAAGAAGAGCCGCUCUUUGAGCUGGGCGUGCAUGUGGCGGACGUCUCACAUUUCGUCCGAGAAGGUUCCCUCCUCGAUGCAGAGGCUGCUGUGCGAGCGACGAGUGUCUACCUCGAUGCCAAGGUCUUCCCUAUGCUCCCUGCGGCGCUCAGCGAGGACGUCUGCAGUUUGCAUUCAGGAGUCGACAGGCUGGCUUUCUCCGUCUUCAUGACCGUGAAUGAGAGGGGCGAACUGCUCGCCUCCACAACCAGGCUGCCUCUGCUGGCCAAAACCAUCAUCCGGACCGCCUCUCGACUGGACUACGCCCAAGUCGACAGCUUUCUCCUCGCGGUUCCUGACUCUCUCGGGGGCUUUCUGUCUUCUUCUCCCUUUUCUCCUUCUUCGUUGCCUUCUCCUUCUGCUCGGGGGGCGCUGCUCUGGGACUUGCUGGUCCGCAUGCAGCCGCGCAUGCAGCCGCGCAAGAGGGUCGUUGACGAGGACAGUGAGGACGCCUUUUGGCUGGGGGGAAGUCUGGACUUUUCUGGGGGGGCAAAUGUUUCAAGUCUGCAGGCGUUUCCUAAGGAACAGGUUACUCAGGUUGCCGGCCGCGCGCUGAGGCCGGAGGAGACGCGCCUGUGGCGGGAGAGCAAAGAAGCAGUCAAAGACCUUGUCGGCGAAGUCGGCGCGAAAUUCGGAAUUCCCGCCCCUGUGGCCGUGGACCUUCUGAUCACUUACUUUCUCGCGCUUCGGCGGCAACGGAUGCGGCAAAGGGAAGGCGCGAUCCACCUCUCCAGUGGGGGACGUCUGUCCCUCUACUUUGGCUCCGAGAAGGCGACUCUCCGCCCUGUCUCGCUGGUCGUGCGGGAGGAACAGCCUCUCGCCCACCUGCUCGUGGAAGAGUGCAUGGUCCUCGCGAAUCACUGCGUUGCAGAGGAAAUUCUUUCGGCCCAGAGAGAGACAGUGCAUGCGCGAGUGCCGGGAAGAAAUCCCGAAGGUGAGGUGAGCAGACAACGAGACGCACGGACUGCCCAUACACGCGAGGCGGCGGCUGACAGCGAGGCGAGGAAAGAACGAGAAGCAACGGAGAAAGAAGAAGGGCAGGAGAGAACAGAUGGCGGCGAGGAUGGAAGGUUGAGGAGUUCCGAGGCGGAGACAAAAGGCGGCGACGGAGGCGCGAGGAGACACUCAAGGCAGCGUUCGUCGGACGACACCGAUGCAUCGCACAAAAAUGACAGCGAGGCAGACGCUGCGGCUGUGCUCAACGGAGCACAGAGAAAGACGUUUGAACGCAAAGUCAACCCUUUCAUUCAAGAAGAAGGAGCCGAGGCAGGCGAUGAAGAGGGAAACGCAGAAGCGAGGAGCGUAGACGGAGAGAGUGAGAAGGAAGAGACAGAAGCAGACGCGAAGUCCGUCGCCUUCGGAGGCCUUCUCCGCGCGCAUGGUGGCAGCAACGACGAAGCAGUCAAAUUCUUAAGAGAUACGCUGGACAGAGACAUCUGGAUGGCUUUCAAAACGCACCUGCAAGCACAGUCUGCGGUGGGGCAGGCGAACACAAGUGGAAGUCUUGGAGCAGAAGCUGAGGAAAGGGCAGGCGACCAGGAUGAUGUCAGUGGCAUUAAACUCAGUCAUCUUCUUCAGUUCUGCAAGAGUCGACUCAGCGCUCCGGUCUACAACGCGCUCUGCUUCUCCGUGCUCCAAGAGUUCUUCCUUCAAGCGCAGUACGUAGCGCCUGCGGCGGCUGCGUCGAAACAGGCAGGCCUCCGUUCGGAGAGUGCGUCCCCGACGGAGACAGAGAGACAAGUCAUGCCACCGAAGACCGCCGAGUCUCACACGAAACGCUCAAGAGCCUUGCAGUCCGGUUCCGGACAGCCGCACGAUCUAGGGCACUGGGCUCUUUGCUUGUCGAGCUACAUGCACUUCACUUCUCCCAUUCGCCGCUACGCCGACCUCCACGUGCACCGCCUUCUCUCCAAACGGCUGAGAGGCGAAGACCUCACUGUUCCCGUCGAGGUUCUCGAAGCUGCUUGCCGUCAGUGUAACGAGAACAGCAGAAAAGCAGACAGCGCCCAAGUGGCUUUUCGUUCAUGGUAUUUCAAUGCCUUUCUUCGAGCAUUUCACCCCACGGGGCUUCUGUACUCUGCUGCGUCGAUCUUGAAAAUUGUCCUUCCUUCCUCCUCGGCAUCCGACUCCACCAACCUGCCCUCCGAUGGAGCAGAAAGGAAGACCGGAGAUGCAGAGAGCAGAGAUACCGAUCUUGGAGACAGGGCCGCCUCCGAAGCGAGAGGGGGGGGGCUGAGAGCAGGAAAAGAAGCCGCUGGCGAGGAGAGAAUAGCGGACAACGGAGAGCCAGAGGAGCUCGGCAGCUGCCUGCGACAGAGGGAGGCGCCUGCGACAGUUGGGGGGCGUUGCACGCAGGAGACAGCAUCGAGCACCCUUUCAGGAUGUCUCUCUAGGCGCAGUGACGGGGAGGAGACAGGCAGGAAGAGAGGAGAGAGCGAAAAAGAAAUUCGAGCAGCCCUCGUCAUUUACAUUCCUCUCCUCCAGGCGACGCGCAGCCUCAGCCUCGCCACCUUAGGACUCGAGCCGGUGCUCCCGGCCAGCGGGAAAGAAGAACUUGAAGAGCGAAGAAAGCGAAAACGCGGCGACAACACAGAGAACGUCACUUCUCUCCUCGUUCGACGAGUGCAUAUCGGAUCUGCAGGGAGGGGGGAGGAGGGGGAAACGAGUCGCCUUUCCCCUGGCUCCUGUAGUCCUGCUGCCAGUUCGACCUCCAACUCCGCUUCACACGCUUGCAGUUCCACGACGGAGUCUCCUGACCGGUCUGCUAAAUCUGCUGCGGCUUCCUGUUCGCUGCCCGAGGAGUCUGCGAGGCUCUUGGGAGGUACAGCGCCCGUGGAGUCUUGGGAGGGAGAAAAACUUCUGCGGAUCCUGUCUCCCCUGCAGGUCAAGCUCGUACCUGGAGAAACGCAGUGGUCAGUGCGCCUGCCUUUCUGGGUGCCGGAGGCUGCCAGCACAAAGCCUUGAAAACUCUUUCGACCGCCCUUGUGAGAUUCAACAUCUCUCGACAGCGGAAAAGCGUCCCAUUCUGCAUGCACAUGCCUAACUC